AUGAUACCAAUGUUUAAUAAUAAUAAUAAUAAUAAUAAUAAUAACUAUAAUAAUAACUGCAAUAAUAACUAUAAUAAUAAUAACAAUGUAAAUAAUAAUAAUAAUAAUAAUAUACAAUUAUAUUAUAAUGUAAAUAAUAAUUAUAAUAAUGAUCAAAAUAAUUCAGAUAACCUAGCCAAUCAAAAUAAUCAAAAUAAUCAAAAUAAUCAAAAUAAUCAAAAUAAUGAAAUUGAUAUAAAAUGUCAUUUUCACCGAGAUAUUGAUAUUGGAUAUAUUUGUGAUGAAUGUAUGUCCCCACUUUGCCAUAAAUGUGUAAUCAGUUAUCAUAAUGGACAUAGACUUUCAGAAAUAACCCUCGAUCAGAGUAAAGAUAUAAUUGAUAGAUUUAAACGACAGUAUCCAACAUUAAGAGGCUACAGAGAAAGCGGCAAGGCAAUAUUAGAAUCAUUAGAACAAACCCAUAAAAUAAUAAAAGAUAAACAUCAACAAAAUUCAGCCAAACUCUAUAACAAAUUUAAAGAACUUCACAAUUUUUUACAAAUUAUUGAAGUAAACCUAAAAAAGACUUUAGAUACUAGAUUAUCAGAAAAUGAAGAGUUAUAUUUAAAAACUAAAACUCAAAUAGAAUCAGAUGCAGAAACCAUAGAUGCCAUAUUAGAGAAACAUAAGGAUCAAAUAAACGAUUUAAAUAUUGAUCAAAUUUUAGAACAACAAAAAGAAAAUUUAAAUAAUAGCAAUAAUAAUGUAAACAAUUUAAGAAACAGUAACAAUCUAAUGAGUAAUGGUUUAAAUAAUAGUAACAAUAGCUUAAAUAAUAGUAAUAAUAGUUUAAAUAGUAGUACAGGUAGUAAUAAUGGUGUUAAAAAAAUUGAUAAUAAUGUGGUCAAAAAGUUUAUACCAUUAUUAAGAGAUAGUGAUAAUACAAAUAAAAUUAUAGAAAGAAAAAAUAACACGUUAAAUCUGUUUCAAGAGGAUAGCUUAAAAUAUAAUCAAGAGGAGUUAGAAAUCGGAAUUGAUAUGAUAAAGAAUAAUUUUAUGGUCGAUAGUGUUCCAUUUGAAGAUAAGAUAAAUAAUAGUCAUCUAAUGUUAGAGAAAAAAAUAAUAGAUUCAAUCGAAAAAGUUUUUUAUAUUAGCCAUGGUGAACCAAUUCCAGAGUAUAUAGAUAGUUUAGCAAUUACAUCAACAACCUUUUCAAUUUCAAACCAAGCCAUACCCUACUCGGUUACAAAUUUACUUUUAUAUGACGGUUUCGAUCCAAAUGCAGUGAUACUAAAUGAAAUUAUACCAAAUAGCGUAGAGAAACUCCAUCCAAUCGAACGUCAAACCAUUCCCGAUACUGUAACAUCUAUUUCAAUUGGUAACAUUAAGCAAGGUUUAACUGAAGAGUCUUUACCAGCCAACACUAUAAAAAAUCUUUACUUUUUCAACAACUACCAACACCCAAUAGAAAAUGGAGUCAUUCCAGACAGUGUAGAGAAAUUGUUUAUAGGUGAAAUUAAAGAACCUCUAACUAAAAACUCAAUACCAGAAUGUUGUGUAAAAGAGAUUAUUUUUUGUAAUGGCUUUAAUCACAAAAUAAAUCAAGAAAUAAUUCCUUCAACAGUUGAAAAAAUAUAUAUUUGUGAUAUAAAGGUACCAUUGGCAACCGACUCUAUUCCGUCUACCGUCAAAAUACUGGAUUUCUCUCAUGGAUAUAGUUAUAUAAUCAGAAGCGACAUCAUGCCCACUUCAAUCAAAAAACUAUUUAUUCGUGAUAUCAAAGAGCCUUUAAUAUGUGGCUCCAUUGGUAGUAGUGUCAAGGAGUUGUUUUUCGAAAAUGGCUAUGCUCAUCCAAUUACUAGCGAAGUGAUUCCUCCAACAGUUCAAUCAUUGUACAUUAAUGAUAUAGUUCAAUCACUAACUAAAACAUCAAUUCCCAACACUAUUCAAGAGCUUUAUUUUGAUCAUGGCUUCAGCCACAAAAUCAAAGCAUCCAAAAUUCCUAAAUCUGUACAGAAUCUCUAUAUUGGCGAUGUAAAGAGCUCACUCACUCUUCGUUCAAUUCCAUCAACUAUAAAAGAACUUAUUUUUAAUAAUGGUUUCAAUCUUCAAUUAUCACCUGAAAUACUCAGCAAUGGUUUCAACUUUCCAGUUUCAUUAGAAAGAUUAUAUUUUUAUGAUAUCAAACUACCAAUUUCAAAAUUUAAUAUAGGUGAAAAUUUAAAUAUUAAAAAAAUAAUUUUUGCAUAUGGGUAUCGUCAUCCAAUAACCACAGAUACCAUUCCAAACUCUGUGGAUACAUUGUAUUUAGGUGAAAUACUGAAACCAUUACAACCAGGUUGCAUACCACCCAAUAUCAAAAAUAUUAUAUUUAUAGAUGGUUUUAAUCACCCCAUCACCAAAGGUAUAAUUCCAGAGUCUUGCACAGAAAUUUCACUAUACGAUGUAAAACAAAUAUUUUCAAAAGAUUCAAUCCCAUCAUCAGUUAAAUUUAUAUAUCUAAAAGGUUUUAAAUAUAAACUACCAAUUGAUGUUGUACCAAUGGCCACAAAAGUUAUUUAA